CUGUCCAAAUACAUAUAUUUUUCUACACAAUGGCAGUCUCGUCCACGACGUCUUUUUACGUCCCACCAGGGGUUAGCCAAUGUGUUUAUAAGGAGACCAACCUCUCUUUAGGCGUGUGUGUUUGCGCGCGCGCGUCUGUGCGCGUGUGUGUUGCAUCGUGAAAAAAAAACGGACGAGUAUAAGCUGCUUAAUGGUUUAGUCAUGAUUUGUAGGGGGUGGAGGGGAAUACAAUUUGUUUCUUAAGUCAAACAACGCCACUCCCCAAACUAAAAUGUGUAUUCGAUCAUCUUUUUAAAACUUUCUUAAGUUACAAAGGAAAAGUAUCACUGUCAAAGUUUCAUCGAAUUGUUAGUGUACCAAAAGUUGGUCAUGCCCAAAUCAACCCGCCCCCACAUUUUUUAAACCUCAUGAAGUACAUACUGUAUUUGUUUCACUUUUACUUUCUUUUUUAAAAGUUUAACACCUCCCGAGCGCUAGAUGUCGCUGUAAGCAUACUAUUCCUCUCUGUUGCUGUUCUGUCAUGAGUCAACGAGCCCCUGCUUCCUGCGUUGCAGCUUGUCACUCAUUGACCGGUUCUCAUACUGGUCUCAAAGUCCAAAAAUGCAGGUGAGAUCAUUUUAAAUGACUCUUUUUAGUGUGGGAUGCGCCAGUGGUGCUUUGACAAAGACCACAACCUCGGCUUAAGUUGAAACAACAAGACAAGCGAACAAGACUUGGUCGUAGUGACGUGCAGGUUUGCUAAUAAAGUGCGUAAUAAUGAGGAGCUCCAAGGAAGCCGUGCAGUCAGCAGCUAAAGAGUUUUUACAGUUUGUCAACAAAGGCGUGUCUCCAUAUCACGUGGUGGAAGAAUGCCGUAAGCGUCUGCUGGAGGCGGGAUUUGUCGAACUGAAGGAGAAGGACAAGUGGGACAUCCAGCCAUCCAACAAAUACUUUGUGACCCGGAACUUCUCCAGUGUCAUAGCCUUUGCAGUCGGGGGGUGUUACUCGCCUGGAAAUGGCUUCUCCAUGAUUGGAGCCCACACAGACAGCCCCUGUCUCAGAGUGAAGCCAAGGUCCAAGAGGACAAAGCAAGGAUGUCUUCAGGUGGGCGUGGAAUGCUACGGCGGAGGCAUCUGGAACACCUGGUUUGACCGUGACCUGACCAUUGCGGGCCGUGUCAUUGUUAAGGGAGAUGGCAGACUGCUCCAUCGGCUGGUGCACGUGUCACGACCUCUGCUCAGGAUUCCUCACCUGGCCAUCCACCUACAAAGGGACAUCAACGACUCCUUUGGCCCCAACAAGGAGAACCACCUUGUGCCCAUUCUUGCCACCGCCGUCCAGGAAGAGCUGGAGACAGGCAGUGCACCAUCAGGGGAUGCCGUCGGCGCUGCCAGCACGGCAGAAAAGCAUCACCCAGCACUUGUGAAGGUUUUGUGUUCUGAGCUGGAAAUUGAGCCGGAAGCCCUGCUCGACUUUGAGCUCUGUCUGGCAGACACUCAGCUGGGGGCGUUGGGAGGUGUGUAUGAAGAGUUUAUUUACUCUCCUCGCCUGGACAACCUCCACAGCUGCUACUGUGCCCUGCAGGGCCUGAUUGAGUCCUGCUUGGGAGACUCGCUGAGUCAAGAUCCCAACAUCCGCAUGGUGACGCUCUUCGACAACGAAGAGGUGGGCUCAAGGAGCACUCAGGGGGCGGAGUCCAACUUAACGGAGCUCAUCCUCAGCCGCCUCGCCUAUUCCUCCUCCAACCCCACCGCGUUCCAGCAGGCGGUGCCACUCUCCUUCAUGAUUAGCGCUGACAUGGCUCAUGCUGUGCACCCCAACUACCAGGAAAAGCAUGAGGAGAACCAUCGGCCAGCUUUUCACAAGGGUCCAGUGAUCAAGUUCAACAGCAACCAACGCUACGCCACCACCGCGGUGACUGCCGCCAUCAUCCGAGAGGUUGCCAGCAAGGCCGGCGUUUCUCUACAGGAUGUGAUGGUCCGUAACGACAGUGCAUGCGGAUCCACCAUCGGCCCCAUUCUGGCCGCUGGGCUCGGUGUGCCUGUGGUGGACAUUGGUGCUCCCCAGCUCGCCAUGCACUCAAUCCGGGAGAUGUGCUGUACUUCCAGCAUAUUGCAAAGCACCAUCCUUUUUAAGGCCUUCUUUGAGUUGUUUCCCCAUGUGAGGAGUGUGUUGGUGGUCGAUUAGAAACAGGAGGAUGGAAACAACCAAUAUGAGGUGUAGUCAAUUCAAAAGAUGAAGGUAUUUGUUGAUAAAGAAGAGUCAUCACUUGCUGCAACCACCUGGCAUUAUAUUUGCAAUAAAAGGCAGUGAAGGAGUGAA